GAGUUUUGCAUCAUAAUAGUCAGGCCAAUGUUGUGCAUUUGCAAUUGAAUUCAAAAUGAGCAUCUACCUAACAAUAUUCAUGCUGUUUGCUAUCCAUAUAGUUAAGGUUCAUAUAAAAGCAUCUAAUCAAAAAGGUGGAAUUACUUCGGAUGAUCUUAACAGUUCUGAUCAAGAAGAUAUUGAACAACCACAGUCUAUCGAUGAAACCAGAUUGAAGAUUUUCUAUUCCAAUUCAAAUCUUGGAAAUAGUAAAAAGAUUCCAAUUGGAUGUGGUAACGAAAGUAGUAUACUUGAUUACUGGAUAAAAGAUUUACCUUUAAAAGUUAUUACUCAUGGAUGGCUUUCAUCGGAUAAAAAUAACGAUGGGGUAUUUAUCAUUAGAAACGCAUAUAUCGAUGUCGGCGGGUUCAAUGUAAUCUCAGUGGAUUGGAGUAGUAUUGCAAAAGAUCCUAAGUACCCAGUUCCCGCAAUCUUGACCAGAGCCAUUGGUUCUACGGUUGCUAAAUUUUUAGACCGUUUGGUUGGUGUCACAGGAAUAGAAUCGUCGGAUAUACAUUUAAUAGGUCACAGUCUCGGAGCCCACGUUGUAGGAUCGUGUGGUUCUUAUUUUAAAUCUGGAAAAAUCGGCAGGAUUACCGGUUUAGAUCCGGCCAAACCUGGAUACGAGAUUGUAGCUGUUCAUUUACCAUACUUGAACAAAAAAGAUGCCCAAUUUGUCGACAUUAUUCAUACUUCAGGAGGGUUCAUGGGCUUCUUUGAAAGUAUAGGCCACGCCGACUUCUUUCCCAAUUCUGGUUCACCUCCUCAACCGGGAUGCUAUUCAUUUUUCGAUUUACUAGAUUUCAUACAUUGCAGCCAUUCAAGAUCAUAUGAACUUUAUGCAGACUCUGUGUACCAUAUGAAGUCAUUAGUUGCUGUAAAAUGUCCUUCAUGGAUAGAUUUUAAACACGACAAAUGCGAAAACAACAUUCGUGAAUUUAUGGGGCACAACACAUCACACAGUGCUAGAGGUGAUUUCUACUUGAAGACCAAAGGAUCCAGUCCUUAUAGUAUUAAUUUGUAAUAUAUUUCAUAUUUUUAUUGCAUUAAUCAGAAAUAGAUAAAUCACAAAAUAAAUGAUU